AUGGACAACCUGACCACAGACAACAUGGCAGCGGGGAAUGACACGUCUUCGGCGCAGCACAAUCAAACCUUGGCUGUAUGGCGCGACUACGCGCUUGAGUACAAGGCAAUCAGUGUUUUUUUGGUGUCCCUCAUAUGCGGGGUGGGGAUGGUGGGCAACAUUAUGGUCAUCCUGGUGGUGCUGACCACCAAACACAUGCGAACUCCCACUAACUGUUACCUGGUGAGUCUGGCUGCAGCCGACCUGAUGGUGCUGAGUGCAGCCGGGCUGCCGAACAUCACCGACGCCCUGCACGGCCAGUGGGUGUACGGAUACGCAGGCUGCCUGGGCAUCACUUAUCUCCAAUAUCUGGGAAUAAACGCGUCCUCUUGUUCCAUCACAGCCUUCACGGUGGAGCGAUACAUCGCCAUCUGUCACCCCAUCAAGGCGCAGUUCCUUUGCACUUUAUCUCGGGCCAAGAAGAUCAUCGUGCUUGUCUGGGCGCUCACGUCCAUCUAUUGCAUCAUGUGGCUCUUUUUGUCAGACACCCAAACUUUGGUAUAUGAUAACGUGGUGCUCGUCAGCUGCGCCUACAAAGUAUCCCGGAGCCAAUACCUGCCCAUUUACUUCAUUGAUUUUGCAGUUUUUUACGUGCUGCCCCUUAUGCUGGCCACAGUUCUGUAUGGACUCAUCGCCAGGAUACUUUUCCUAAACCCGUUGCCCGGGGAGUCCAAAGACGGGGCCAGCAAGUGGAGGAGAGGAACGAGUAAAGUCGGAGGAAGGAUGAUCAAUGCGAGCUCCUCCAGGAGCACCACUGCAGCUUCCCGCAGACAGGUAACCAAAAUGCUAGCUGUGGUAGUAAUCCUAUUUGCCUUACUUUGGAUGCCCUACCGGACCUUAGUCGUCGUCAACUCCUUCCUGGACAAGGCCUAUCUAGACAACUGGUUCCUGCUCUUCUGCCGCCUCUGCAUCUACUUGAACAGCGCCAUCAACCCGGUCAUCUACAACGUCAUGUCUCAGAAGUUCCGCGCUGCCUUUAAAAAGCUGUGUCACUGUGGGCCUCAGCGCCUGGAGAAACCUGCAUCAUACAGCGUGGCGCUCACCUACAGCGUCAUCAAGGAUACGUCCAAUGGAGAAAGUCCUGACCAGAUGACGGCAGAAAUGGAAGAGCUAAACACACCAAGCGACCAGUUUGUACCCACUGGAAUCCUGCCAACUGACAAGAUGCUGCUUGAGGAGCCUCCCCUUUUGGGCAAGGAUGCUCAAAUUUAG